CUACGUUAAGCUGUAUCUUCUUCCUGAUAGGACCAAGACAGGAAAAAGAAAAACUAAAGUAAAAAAAAAAAAUUGUCUCCAAUAUUCGAUGAUGUGAUGAAGUACCGUGUAGCAGAGAACGAGCUCGAAAGCCGAACCUUGUGGUUAUCGGUGUGGCAUAGUGACAAGCUUGGGAGAAAUGAUUUUCUAGGAGAAGUUAUGCUACCACUCACGAAAGAAGUAUUGAACGAUUCAAAUCCAGGACCACAGUGGUAUUCACUUGAAAACCGUACGGAAAGUUCUUUAUUAAGCUACAAGGGAACACUCACGACAGCUCUGAAGUACGUCUCUUCUUCUGAGAGCAGAAUAGGAGAACUUCAUGUGUUGGUCAAGGAGGCAAAAAACCUGAUAGCUACUCGGUCAAAUGGCACUUCAGAUCCCUUUUGUAAGAGUUACUUGUUACCAGACAAGUCCAAGAAGUCAAAACAAAAGACGCCUGUCCUUAAAAAAACCUGCCAUCCCGAGUGGAACUGUACCUUAGUCUACAAAAACCUUACCUUAGAUGAUCUCAAGGACAGAUGCCUCGAGCUUACUAUUUGGGAUCACGACAAAAUAACUAGUAAUGACUUCUUGGGAGGCACUAGACUGAGCCUUGGAACUGGUAAAUUUCUUGGCCGUCCAGUAGACUGGAUGGAUUCUCAAUGUGAAGAAAUUAGCUUGUGGAGAGUGAUGCUACAACAACCUGGUUUGUGGGUUGAAAGGUCACUACCUCUUCGGUCAACUAUGAUGAGUGGGAAGUUCUGAUGGAAAUAUUUCAAUGACUAAAUACCCUUCAGUGAUUAUACUAAGAUGUUGGAGAAAUUGCUGUUAUUUUUGUAGAACAUGCGUGUGACCAUGGAAUUACUUUUUAAACAAUAAUAGAAAAUAUACACAUUGAUCAUUUGGAUAAUGAGUUUCUUCUGUUUCUCGUGUUGAAUAGUCGACUCUUUCAAUAACAGAUUGAUGUUUUAGCACUUGAUGAAAUACUAGUUUUUUUGUUUGCUUUUAAUAUAAGACUUUCUCUCAUAAUUUUUGACAAAGAGAGUACAUGGUAAAAAGAUAGAUGAGCAUAAAUCUGUAUAGCUUUACACAGACUUUGUUAGAAAAUAUUUUCUGUGAAAUGUGAUUGAAUUAUAUUUUUCACAGACGUACUUUUCAUACCAAAACCCAUAACUACUCAGUAGUGCAACAUAAAAGUAAUAGUAAGAAAUAUUGGAAAUUAGAAAUCAAUUUACAAACUUUUUAUUAUCAAAGCUAAAAGUAAAAUAUCACUUUGAAGUUUAGUUUUAGGAUAUUUCAAUUAGUUGUUUUUAUUUGUAUGUAUGAGUUUGAUAAAUAGUUUUUUCAAGGACUUCAAACCUACAUUCAAUAAAGGAAAACAUUACAUGCAAUACUUUUUUUUAUAAAUUUAAUGUUUUCGUAAUGUGUUUUGUGGCACUUGAGCAAGUUGAUAAUAAAACUUUCUAGUGUAUAGUGUCUUUCUGCAAUACUGUGUACACAUAAAGUCGUGGUUAGGUAACUAUACUUAUCUAUUGUGUUUCAUAAUGAAAACAGUUUAGUUUUCGAAACUUUUAAUCACCAUGUACGUCUUUAAAGAACUUUACCAGCUACGUACUAGAGGGAACUGGUGGAAGGAAAACAAUUAGCAAAAUCGUAGUUUAAGUAAAGUGAAAGCAUUUACUGUAAAGCCCCAUUCAUUAAAUAAUGCACAAUUAUUCUACACCGAGUGUUGAAUUUGUUAGUAUAGUCCUGUAUGCUUUUCACUAGGAAGAGGUGUAAAAAAGCUGUGUUGUAAACUGUAUAUUAAGCUUCGGGGCAAACUAAUGUGCAAAUAUUUAGCCUAACUUGACAAUACUUUUUAUAUUGAUUCUGGUAAACAAGUAUCAUUUCGAAAUAACUCUACCUUUAUGUAUAAAAUUUAUUAUCAAAAUGACAUCUUUAUUUGUUUGAUUGUUUGUAGCUAAGUGCAAAGUUACACAAUGGGAUGUCUGUGCUCUACCCAUCAUGAGUAUCGAAACAAAGUUUUUACUGUUAUAAGGCUACAGACGUACUGCUGUGCCACUGGGGAGUUUGACACAAUAACUACCUUUAUAUGACAUUACUUAUAAAACUGAUGCUCUGACAGACAUAAUGACUUCAGUUAUAUGACAUUACUUAUAGAACUGAUGCGCUGACAGACAUAAUCACUUCCUUUAUAUGACAUGCCUUAUCAAAGUGAUUCUCUGACAGAUGUAACGACUACCUUAAAUGACAAUAAUUUAAAAACUUAGGUGCUAACAGACGUAAUGACCACCUUUAUAUGGCAUUACGUAUCAAACUGAUGCACUGACAAGGAUAAU